GUCAGAAUAAUUUCUGAAUGGCUUGCUGGGUCAGUGUUUGCCAGUCUCACAUAACCCUCAGGGUCUUAUCCUCCGAGUCUACAGACACAAGAGUUCAUCAGAGUCACCCUCCCUUUUAGCCCGAGCCAUGUUCAGACCUAUCUGCAUUCAAAUUGAAAGUGAAAAUCCAUUGAAGCGCUAAUUCCUCAGCUCUUUUGACUGUAGGCAGUGGCGAGGAAGCUUUGAAAAUGGCUUUAUAAAUCUUCAGGGUCAAUUUGCAAGGGCAGCGUUCAUAGAAGCGAGUGGCUUGGAAGAAGAAGAAGAAGAGGAGGAAUCCUAUUUGACAGCGGCACGUAUACGCUGACGAGCUGUGAUCAUGACGACUCGUAAAAUCCUCAUUAAGGGAAGGUAGUAGCGGUGGGCAUCUUUGCUAAAUCAGCGUUUGGCAAUCAAACAGUUCCCUGAUGCCUGCCUCCAUGCCCUUGGGUAUUUCAUGCUUUAGCACUCGUUAGCGAUGCACCACCAUCAUGCCUUAAAACAAGAAGACCCCCCCCCCCCCUAACAAAAAAAGACUUCCAAAAUUAUCAUAUUCCAGUAUCAAAGAGCCAGAGUAUUUCUGCUGUUGAAGAAAAACACAAGAAUGUAGACUUUUCACAUAGGCAAAAAGCAGAGGUCUAGGAACAUGUUCAGUGACUUUUGACAAGCAAUGUAGGUGUCACAAUCACAAAUGAAUGACCAUCUUAAUCCCACCGUAUAAUCAAAUUAGAGCCCACAUGUACCACAGACUACCCACAGCAAGAAGUGCAUUGCUUGUUGUUGGAAUUGAAUUUCUUGUGUUUCUGGUUCUUUUUUAACACUCAAUUUUAAUCUUAUUCAGUAGAACGCCAGUUUUACUUGGCAGUUGUUUUUGCUUCUUCACUGUUUGCCACAGAGACCUCUGGCAACAAUACAUGAAGGCACACUACUCGCCAUGAGACAAAGCCUAUGUCUCUUCCACUCAGCAGUCUCCUGAACAUGCAGACGUAUCUAUUGAUGUUAGCAUGUGGCAACAAGCAAAACCAAUGCUGCACCGGAGUGCACUGUUUAUAACCUUAUGGUUACUCUUAGUGUUGGCUGGCUUGUGUUCGGUUUUUACCAUGCACUUCAGGUCAAUGACAGAUGUAAGUAGCCUGCUGGCCUUGAGCUUUUGUGUGUUUCUGGGCUGCCGGUCUGUCAGUCACCGCAGUGGAAAGUUGUAAAACUUGUCUUUCAAGCACACGAGAGAAAUGUGUAAUAAUGUCUCUGAUGAAUUCAGUUUCAAGUCAUUUUCCCUGUCCUUUCUUUUCAAUUUAGCAUGGAAUAUAGUGCUUUUUUGUGGUUUAUUAUUUUUCCCUUGUACCUUGCAAUUCCUUAAUUACCAUUGUUUCUCCUCACCCUGUUUAGCGUGAAUGCCUGGGCCUUAUUGAUUUAUGCUUGUGGCAUGAAUCUAACUGGAGGAGGAUCUAAAAUGAGCGCCAAUAGAGGCAUUGUGUGCAUUUAGUUGGUGGCUUUUAGAGUGGUGCUCCCAAUUUGUGUGGGUCACAAAUGAAUAUGUCUUGCCUCCACGUGAGCCUUACACAAGCUCUGCUUUCUGGCUUUCCACAAAAUGCAGACUUGAUAUGAUGCAUUAUGGAGAACAAAAAUCAGACUUUUUGCGAGAGACAGUCCUUGAAUGUAAUGAUGUGUUUAUCACUGUUGCCAUUGUCAACCCUGGCCCAUUUUGAUGGGUCUUUGACAAAUGUUGAAACAUUUUAAAAACAAUUUUAAAGACUGUGUGGGUGCCCCUUCUGUAUGCCAAAUACCAAAUGACUGCCACUGCUUCACUCAAGGCUAUAUUAGCCAUAUCAUGCAGCUAUACUAAAAGCUGCCACUUACUGCAGGAAACAUGCUGACCACAGGAGACUUUGAAUGGCAAUCAUCUAAGCAGUUAUGUUUUAUGUCAGUGCUUCAGGGCAACACUUUAUUGUGACAGUCUCACGUUUAGCAUCAGCCUGGUUUCUCCAAACUCACUCACUUGGUGAAGAGUUCUCACAAUUGGGGAAAUGUUUCCAACACUAUAGAUAAUUUGGUGAGGAGCGCAAAGGGCUGGAAGUCCUUGAGCAAGAUGGAGAUCUGUAGAAUGAGCCUCACCAUUAGGCCUAGGCUACCUACUGUACCUCCAUGAAUUCAGGUGUUAUUGUUGAAUGGCGUGUUGGUUAUCAUUUACCUCAUUCAAGUUUCUGGUGUGAUAAUUCCAUAUGUGCUUUUAUAUCAUUUGAAUCUCUUGACCCUAUGUGUUGUAAACUUUCUCUCUACCGUUCUCUCAGAUCUUCGUGCAAGCCUUGACUGACCGGCGCCACUGUGUGUUGAAUCUGCUGAUAGUUGAAAGAGGGCUGCUGGUUCACAGGAGCUUCAGCACACACACACACACACACUCCUCUCUCUUUCUCUCUCUCUCUCUCUCUCUCUCUCUCUCUCUCUCUCUCUCGCCUCUCUGCCCCUGCUCUUCUUUUGCCUGUUCCCCCCUCACCCUCACUGCACCAAUUAUGUGCACUGUCAGCUUCCCUGAUACGGCUUCAAAGGGGAGGUAUUUCAAGGUGACACCAGGGAGAGCGAGAGAGAGAGAGAGAGAGGAUGAGACUGGCAGUGGAUUGAAAGUCUUUUGAUCACACUCCUGCACCUCCUGAAGAAGAGGAGGGAAAAAUGCAGAGGUGGAGAAGAGGAAGAAUCUUAAAUGCUGUCAGAGGCCUCGUGCAAGAGAAGAAGCCUGCUGUGGUGACAGUUUGUCUCCCGAAAGACUGCUUCAACACCCCCCCCCAUUUAGAAACUGGGGGUGUCCAUCGAUUUAUAGUCAGUGUGUGGGGAUGAAUGCCAUGAUUUUAUGUCUUUGCUCUGAAUGGGGAAACACAUUCUCUAAUGAAAACAAUUGCAGUAGGCCUAUUAACUAUAAGCAAUGAAAGGGGAUUUUAUGUGUUAUCCUCAACCUGGGCUCUGUUCCAUGCAUAGCCUAACUCAUAAAACUAAAAACUAAAAAAAAACUUGGGGCUUACAGAAAUUUUGCCAUGACUUUUUUUUUGUUCAUUCAGGCCUUCAAUCAUUUUUCCACAACACAGUUUCAUUUAAGAGCUGUACUAUCUGGCAAUCUGAUUACGAAUGGUAUAGUCUAAUGCAAGACACGUUCGUAAAUCCCAGUUACAGCAGAGUAGCCUACAAUAUUAGUCCGUGGGGAUUUUAUAUGAGACAACGCGUUGUAGUUUCAAGUGUUGUGUCUACGUUACUACCGUUCCCAAGAUUCUCUGUAGGCAGUGGCACAGUGUUUCCGGAGUUUGUGUCGUUAGGGGGAAGGUGGGCGCCCGGGACCUGUUGGAAAUGACGGGACGAGAAAUCGGAUACCAGUGCGCAAAUCGAGCCGAACACCCCCGAAGAUAAGACACAACUUCAGACCAGCAGAAGGGUUAUGUCCAAUGGAGACCCUGAUGAGCGCUGUGGGCCCGCGGGGCCUGGCCCCGGCCAAGCGGGCCUCGGAGGUGGACUUCCGCUCGGGUACAGCGCUGGAGCAGCUCUCGGCCCAGGUGCAGGAGCUGGUGCAGCUGGAGCAGUGCGAGUUCGGGGACCAGACGGCCCUGGAGGUGCACACCGCCAAAGACUUCAUCUUUAACAUGCUUGGCCUGGUGCAGAAGGUGGACCAGCGUCUCCCCGUCUCUAACGAGUACCUCCUGCUGAGCGGCGGUGCUCGCGAAGGCGUCCUGGACCUCAACCCCGAGGAGCUGGGCGACUACGCCAAGGGCGUGGACUUCGACCUGGACUUCACGCUGCUGGUGCCCGCCAUCAAGCUGCACGACCGCAACCAGCCCGUCACGCUGGACAUGCGCCAGUCUGCGCCCUGCCACUCCUGGCUCAGCCUGCGCCUCUGCGACCAGGCCAUGCUGGCGCGCUGGCGCUCCUGCUGCGAGGACGAGGAGGGCGCGGGCUCGCCCGCCGACGCUGAGGACGGCUGCACCGAGAACGGGGAAACGGGCACCGGAGGAGGAGGGGGGAGAGGGGCCCUUCUGUCGCUUCAGCCGCCGUCACCGCAGAGUUUGGACGGGUGCUACUUCUCACCCACGCUGGUCGCCGACUGGUUCUGGGAGGUGGUCGGCGUGGCGGUGGAGGAGCUCAAGCGCAACCCGCAGCGGGGCAUCCCCGUUCCGGACCGCGUGGAGCGCAACGGGCCGGUGACCACGCUGGUGCUGACGGCGGGCACCAGCCGCGUCCUCUACGACCUGCUGCCCGUGGUGUCGUUCCGCGGAUGGCCCGCCGUGGCCCAAGGCUGGCUGACCACCAACCACUUCUGGGACGGCAAGAUCACAGAGGAGGAGGCCAUCAGCGGCUUCUACCUCCUGCCAUGCUGCUCGCCGCGCGGCGGCCGCCCCGACCGCGAGUGGCGGCUCGCGUUCUCCCGCAGCGAGGUGCAGCUGAAGAAGUGCGUGCCGUACCCGAUGGCGCAGGCCUUCCAGGCGGCCAAAGCCGUGCUGACGCGCUUGCUCUCGCGGCCACGCAUGGGCCUGAGCCUGUACCACCUGCGCGCGCUGCUCUUCUGGGCGUGCGACCGGCUUCCGGCGGCCUACCUGGGCUGCCCGGAGCGCGAGACGCCCGCGCGGCUCCUCCUGGGGCUGCUGGACGACCUGGCGCACUGCAUCCUGGGUAAGAACUGUCCCAACUACUUCCUGCCGCAGUGCAACAUGCUGGAGCACCUGGCGGACGGCGCCGCCCUGCUGGCGGCCCGCAAGCUGGCGCACCUCCGCUCGGACCCCGGCGAGCACCUGCGGGCUGCGCUGGAACAGGCGCGGCAGGCCAGCCGGCUCAAGAAGGAAGCCGCCGGACUCGCCACCAACGGGUAUGGCCCUGGCGGAGGCGGCCCAGGGGGGCUGUCCUCGUCCCUGGGCUCGCCCGGUGCCCACCAGCUCUCGCCACAGGAUGACAAACUGGCGCAGAGGCUCCAGCAGCUGGUCACUGAGAACCCGGGCAAGUCCAUCUCGGUGUUCCUCAACCCCGACGACGUCACGCGGCCGCACUUCCGCAUCGACGACAAGUUCUUCUGAGACCCGCAGGGGCCCAUGUGGAGGGUGACACUGGGGCUUCUGGUCAAUAAAAUGACUUAGCGAGUGGGGCAAUAGGGGCAUCUACCCUGGGCACACCCACCCUGUAGAGCACAGCGCCCCCUUGAGUCGAGAGUUUGAAGAGCUAAUGAGCUGAAGACGCUUAUGCUUAAGGCUAACCUUUAGAUAUCACACAGAGGUACACACACACACACACACACACACACACACACUACACUUUGGUGUAUAACCAAACUGAGUCAUGAAGAACUCUUCGUGAACUCUGCUUAGAAGACACUGGAAUGGAGACUCGUGGAGCUUUUCUACGCCCUGUAUGUUUGCUGUUCAGAUCUGCUGUAAGGUACCCUGGUGAGGCUGGCUUGAUUGGAGCUUUUGCGUAGAGCCUGGCUGACCUCUUCUCUUCAGUUAUUCCCUCACAAGGAGUCUGGAGAUGGCACUGAUAGAUGACAUAAAACUGCUAAAGUGCAAGCUGAAAACUAUCAUUUUUAAAGAAAACCUCAAUUGUGCGAUUGUGUGUGUGUGUGUGUGUGGGGGUCUGAGUGUGUGAGGGAGCGUGUGAGGGAACAGAAGUGUGUGUUUCCACUGUCCUGUGCACCCUGCUGUUUUCUGAAGACAAGUGACAACAUGUCGCUGAAAGGGAGCCUCUCUUUCUCUCUCUCUCUCUCUCUCUCUCCCUCUCUCUCUCUCUCUCUCUCUCUCUCUCCCCCUCUCUCUCUCUCUCUCUCUCUCUCUCUCUCUCCCUCUCUCUCUCUCUCUCCCUCUCUAUCCCUCUUUCUCUGUACUACUGAGGGCUGCUCUGCUGCCUCUUAAGUCUGUUUGUGCUUUUUCGCUCCGCUGUGAGCCGGGGCUCCUUUCACCCCGAGCUCGACAGCACAGCGUGGCACGGCGAGGAGAGGAGAGGAGGGCGGCGCGGCGCGGCGCGAGGAGGAAGAGACGCGUAGGUGGAGCUGAUGUAAGAGAAUGCAACGGGGCUCGAGGAGAAAGGAGGGCAGCGUCUUAAAAGCAGCCCGAGUCUCCCUUUCUUUUUCCUCUCCUGUCUUUUUUUCCUUCUUUUUCUUUCUCUCUCGCGUUCCAUUCUUCUUCUUCUUUUAUUCUUAGUCCGCCCCUGUUUCAACCCUUCCCAUACAGCUCUCCGUUUGACCUCCUCCUCCUCCUCCGCCCCUCCCCUUCCCUCCUUCUCAGGUAUCUAUAUAUUUUUACGAAGCCACAAGCGUACCUUUUCCCCAGCCCUGUUCCACACCCCUGGGUAGAGUCCAGGCUAUUGCUCUGACCAGCUGGUGCUCUCCUGAGUUUUCCCCAACUCCACAACACUACCUUGCCAGGCCAGCCGUACAGUACCGUACUAAAGUGUCCGUACCAUACUGUACUAUACGGUACUAUAGCAUACUGUACUACUCGCCAGCCUGCCUGCCUGCUUGUCUGACCCGUUGAGUAAGGAUGCUAACGAACGUCAUGCACCAAAGAGCCCUGGAGCCCAUUCCUCACCAGGCCCUAGUAUCACUCCUCCCCGUGUUCACCAGGCCCUAGUAUCACUCCUCCCCAUGUUCACCAGGCCUUAGUAUCACUCCUCCCCAUGUUCACCAGGCCCUAGUAUCACUCCUCCCCGUGUUCACCAGGCCCUAGUAUCACUCCUCCCCUGUGUUCACCAGGCCCUGGUAUCACUCCUCUCCUCUGUUCACCAGGCCCUAGUAUCACUCCUCCCCUGUGUUCACCAGGCCCUGGUAUCACUCCUCUCCUCUGUUCACCAGGCCCUGGUACCACUCCUCCCCUGUGUUCACCAGGCCCUGGUACCAGACUUUGCUUUUUAUUGCUGCUAGGGGCAUGAGUGCAGAGCUUUGUGGAGAGUCAUCUGCUGGACAGUCCGAACUGCUGUAAAAAAAGAGACUUUAUUUCCCAAAGGAUUUCAAGCUCUGACGCCUCAACCAUUUCAGGGCUCUGACCCAGGACUGCCAGUGUCCAAGUGUGUGUGUGUGUGUGUGUGUGUGUUUGUGUGUGACUUGGAUGGUGUUUUUUGGAUGUGUGUUUUUUUGCCAUGUCUGUUUUGCUACUUACUGCAAGCCUGGUGUCUGAAUGGUAUUUUUUUUUUAUUUUGAUUUUGAUUUUUCUGUGGUGUGUAUGCCAUUUUUGCCCUGCAUGGGGUGCACAUGUCCCUUGAAUCCCUUGAUAAGGUAGUGAGCUCAUAUUUCAAAGAGACGUUUUGAUUGUACAUGGGUCAUUUAUAGACGUCGGAAGACAAUCCCGUUGGAGGUCUGCUGUCAUGCAAGUUCGAGUUUGAACUCUGGUGACAUCUAUACACUAAAUGUGUGUGUGUGUGUGUUGGGUGGGUUAGACUAAAUGUGUGUGUGUGUGUGUGUGUGUGACUGUUGUUCGACAUGUACAGCAACUGUGUUGCGGAGUGGGCAGUGCCAUGGGGGUUGGUUGGUUUUCACUUUUGGAGAGCUGGUCACAGCAAAGGUCAAAGGUUAUCAGUAACACACUGACUGUGUCCCAACGUUUCUGUAACACUAUCGCUGCAUUUACAUAGAUAAGACGUUUAGCACAUGAACUGGGCACACUUUACUUCGAUGGUCCCCUGCAGACUCUCAGAUGCUCCAAUUAUAAACAAACACGGUGUUGACACUGCUGUAUGUUAACGUUUAACAAUGUGUGGUUAACGAUAGGGCUUGGGUUUGGUUAAGGAUGAUGUUCAGCAAUUGUUCAACAUACCGUUUUAGACGGAAGACCGAAGUUCUAUUUCAACAAACCAUCUGGAAGGUCAUUAUGUAGGUUAUGUAUUAUGUAUGUAUCCAAGUAGAAUGUUAAACUCGUGAACUUGACUAAGGAAAACAAAAACGAACACAAACGUGGAAUACUGCUAUGGCCAAAACUGAAUAAAAGUCCCACAGUGUGGCUGCGCAUGCCCUGCGGAUGUGGUAUGUGUGUUAGUGGCGUUCAGGGGAGGUGUCUGAAGAGGGGUGUUGGGGUGGGAUGGGGAUUGGGUGGUAUAGCCAUAUAAGGAGGUCCCUUGUUCAUUUCCUCUUGCAUUGGAAAAUGGCAUUUGAGUAUGUUCUGCUGUAGUGCAGUCUCAGUCUUGUUAAAACAGUGGUCAAAGCUACAAGCACAACAGAGGUGUUUAGGAACAGAGCCCAGAUCGUGUUCAGCUGUUGUUGAGUUGGAACUGUUUUGUUCCGGAACCUUCCUACUCGGCCGCGUGUCGGAAGUAGUGCGGCGCGUGUCGGAAGUAGUGCGGCGCGUGUCGGAAGUAGUGCGGCGCUCGCACUCCUCCAGGCGUGCGUCUGCCCCGUGCCGCGGUGAUUUGCCACAGCUCCGCUUAAUAGCCGCUCCGCUGACACUCCGCUAUCCCCUUAACAAGAACCUCCUCCUACUCCUCUUCCUCCUCAUCCUCCUCCUCCUCCUCCUCCUGGCGUUCCCUCACCAUUGCAGCCCAGCGUGGGUUUCUAAGUGCUUAAUGCUGCUGUAUCAGAGAACAGAGGAAGCCAACACACUGUAGGGGUCUCUUGCACAAUCACAAAGGCUGGGGGGGUGGGGGGGGGGGGGGAUAUAUGGCACUCAGAGGGUUU